UUAAGUAUCGGGAAUUCCAGCGAGAUGGAAAAUAUAACAUUCAACCAAAGCUCAGUCAUAUUCAUUAACAAUGGAACUGAUGAAAAUAUUAGCUUAAAUUUCACAAAUAUUUCACAGUCACAAUACACAACCAAUAGCGAUGAGGACAACUGGUUGAAAGUCUUUCAAUUUGUACUUGAAGUGUUAUCAUAUAUUGUAAUAGGACUUGGACUUAUUGGGAAUACAUUGGCAUUCUUGGUGUUUUCAAAGGAGAAAGUUUUGAACACAAGAGUAUUUCUUCUAAAGACACUCACAAUAACAGACUCAACAUUUCUGUUACUGAUGUUUCUUUUUGUAAUGCUCUUAAAUCAAUGGGAAGAGUUUAUAAAGUUGGGAGCUGUUCAAGACCACAUUGCCACAUUAUAUGAUGUACAGACACCAAUUGUUUCAACAGCAGGUACCCUCACAACUUGGAUGGUUGUCUUGGUAACCAUAGACAGGUACAUACAUAUAACAAACCCACUCGGUGCAACGACAUUGCUAACCGUCAAAAGAAUGAAAUGGACGGUUGGGUCCCUAGUAGUAGGAGCAUGCCUCUACAAUGUACCUAGAUUCUUUAAAUGGGCUUACUUGCUACUUGCAAGUGAUACUUGCUUAUUACAGUGUAAUCCAAGCUAUAACCUUAUAUAUCAGGUGAUUUUAAAUGCA